AUGGGAAAGGCGUGCGGCCCCUUUAAAUUUACCCAGGAGCCCUUAAAGGAGCCCCAGGGGCCCCACGGCAGCGUCCCCACCCCGGUCGGCCCCCGCCCGCCGCCACCGCCGCCGCCCUGGGCCCCGCCAUGGAGCCCCCGGCCCCCCAGCCCGGCCCCGGCCCGCUCCCGAGCCCGGCCGGCCCAGGUGAGCACCGAGACGGCGGGCGGGGAACGGGGGGCCCCUUCCCCGCGCCAGAAACCCCCAAAACCCCAGAAGCGGCCCCGGGAGAAAGCCGAGGAGCAGCCCCGGGACUCGCGGGCGUCGCGGCCGGGCCGGAGCCGGGUACCGGGCCGGGACCACCGCCGCUAUUACCACGAGCGCUGGCGCUCCGAGUACCUGAUGGAGUUCAACGCGGCGCGGCACGGCAUGCGCUGCCUGGUGUGCGGCAGCGCCCUGGCCACGCUCAAGCUCAGCACCAUCAAGCGCCACAUCCGCCAGAAACAUCCCUACUCCGGAGCCUGGGGACCCCGCGAGAAGCAGCUGGUGCUGCGCUCCUGGGACGCCCACCUGGGACACCCCCCCCGCCCCGAGGGACCCCCCGGCGGCCGCGGGACAGGGCCCCGUCCCCCGUCCCCAAGGGCCACCAAGGUGUCACCGGGGGCCACCAAGGUGUCACCGGGGGCCACCAAGGUGUCACCGGGGGCCACCAAGGCGUGGCCGGGGGCGGUGGCCGGGGACUCGCUGCGGGGGUGGCUGCGGGCGGAGCUGCUGCUGGACCUGGAGGCCGGGGGCCACCGCCUGCGCUGCCUCCUGUGCUCCUGUCCCCUGCCCUCGCUGCACCUCGGCGACAUCCGGCGGCACGCGCUGGGACACCCCCGGUGA